UCGUAAUUCAAAUUUACACCUUUUUAUCGAUUAAACUUUUUUUCGAUCCAUUGCGGCGAUGUUCGGAAUAAAACACAAUGAAUGUGUUGGAUUCGAAUCAAAAUGGAAAGUGAAAAAAGUGUCUUCGGAAACCUCUACCCAAACCACCGAGUUUGGUGUUGCGGAAAAAGGCACUAGUACUCAAGGGAAAAUCAGUACUGAGGUGCAAACAGUGGCGGACGAAACAGUCUUAAAAAAGUCUUCCGAAGCUGAUAUGGAAAAAUUAGCCCAUUGGCUGUCUAAAAUAUACCCAAGUGUUAAAAAAGAGAUCGAUAACGCGAAUAAUUCAAGAGCUUUUAGGGGAUACAGACUGGCUAAAGACAGAAAUGACGCGAACUGUAAACUUUUACAAAACUUGAACGUUUUUAAAUCUGGCGAAAGUGGUGAUAAGGCUACAAGGGUAUCCGCAUUGACUUGGAACCGGACCGGAAAGACUAUUGCCAUAACGUGUAACUAUGAGCACACGUCUUGGUGUUAUCACCUAGGGGAAGUGUUCAUUUAUACGCUGAACAGAGAUGAAAGAUUACCUGACGUACCAAGAACAAAGUUGUCUACUGAAAGCUGUGUUAUGAGUUUAAAGUUUCACCCCGUCCAUCCAGCUAUUCUUGCAGCAGGAACGUUCGCUGGGGGAAUUAUAAUCUGGAACAUACAAAACGACGAAGGGGACGAUGUUGUAACCACCGCGAGCGCACACGAAGAAAUGGUGACCCAGUUGUCUUGGAUAACCGACAUAAACUCCUCGAAAUCUAUCAUAUUGGCCUCGUCUAGCACCGACGGGCUUUUAAAGCUGUGGACGUUCAAUGCAGCGAACGCAACGUUAACCGUCAAGGCUAAGUAUAAAGUAAAGCCUCCGAUUUUGGGCAACGUUCAUCGAAACGUAGAAACACCGGAGCAUGUAGAGAAGAAAGGGGGCCGUGGCGUCGUGUGUUUCGAUUUUUCGAGACACGUUGCCGAUUUAUUUGUUGUUGGAAUAGAAGGCGGACUAAUGGUGCAGUGCUCCGUGUUGGGCGCAACCCCACUUAAAGGGAACACCAAGGAAGAACCUCUGUUAGAUCCAGCGUUUAAAUAUUACGAGCCCCACGAAGGGGAAAUAACGUCAGUCAGCAUAUCGCCAAAUCGUAAUGACAUGUUCAUGACUAGCGGGACGGACGCUGAGAUCAGGAUAUAUCUUUUUGGACAGGAAGAACCCGCCCAAGUUAUUUUCAUGAGGAAUCCCUUAAACGACCUAAUGUUCGUGCCCCACGAGGACAAGUUGGUGGUCGGGUGUGGGUCGAACGGCAUUAUGGAGAUUUUCCAUUUGAUUACGGGAAGGGCGGUGGAGAAUGUUACCAAGGAGAAGGUAAACAAGCAAGUUCUGAGCAGUCUAGCGAUCAAUUGUGACAAGGCGAGUUUAAUUGCUCUUGGGACUCUUCAGGGCGAUUUGCAGUUGUGGAAUGUGCCUUGGCAGGCGUUUUCAAGAAACACGCAGUAGUAUGUGAUGCAGAAUAAAUUAGUAGUCAAAAAAAUACUUGAAACACUACAUUUCAGUUCUUUUUUCGAUUUUUUUUGUACUUUUCUAAUAAUAAAGUGUUUU